AUGGCAUAUUCAGAAGGUGUGUUCCAGAGGCAGAUAUUCCAGGGAUUCUACAUCAUUGCCAUGGUUCCUCUUAUGCAGGGCACUUCGCCACAUUCAAAACGAUUUCCAAAAUCCUCCAAGCAGAAGUUGAGGUGUUCGACUAUUGGGCGAGUCGACUUCAUGGGACCAUUCCCUCCGCCCUUCAAGAACAAGUACAUCCUGGUCGCCGUUGACUAUGUCUCCAAGUGGGUAGAAGCAGUGGCGAGUCCCACUAAUGAUGCAAAAGUGGUAACUAAGAUGUUCAGCUCCAUCAUCUUUCCGAGAUUUGGGGUACCUAGAGUGGUCAUUAGCGAUGGCGGAACACACUUCAUCAACAAGGCAUUUCAGGGCAUGUUGAAGAAGAAUGGGGUGAAACACAAGGUGGCUACCACUUACCACCCCCAGACGAGUGGACAGGUUGAAGUUUCCAACAGGGAAGUCAAGAACAUUCUACAGAAAACUGUCAAUACUUCGCGCAAAGACUGGUCGCUUAAGCUGGACGAUGCUCUCUGGGCCUACAGAACAGCCUACAAAACACCGCUAGGGACCAUCCCUGUUGGG